CCCGGCUCAGUGGCGGCUCUUCCCGCAGGUCUAGUUUCAGGCCGGCAGCUCUGUCCCUCGGCGACGCCAUGGCAGCUCCGGGCUCCCAGGCCGACUGCGGCUACAUCCGGACCGUGCUGGGCCAGCAAAUCCUGGGCCAGCUGGAUAGCUCCAGCCUGGCGCUGCCCUCCGAGGCCAAGCUGAAGCUGGCGGGCGGCGGCGACCGCAGCGGCCAGGCGGCCAAGAGCUUGCGGAUCCAGGAGCAGGUGCAGCAGACCCUGGCCCGGAAGGGGCGCAGCCUCGUGGCCAAUGGAAAUCUUCACCGAACAAGCAGUGUUCCUGAGUAUGUCUACAACCUACACUUGGUUGAAAAUGACUUUGUCGGAGGACGGUUCCCUGCCACUAAAACCUAUGACAUGCUAAAGGCUGGGACCACUGCCACAUAUGGCGGUCGCUGGGGGCGAGGAACGCUGCAGUACAGCUCACAGAAGUCAGUGGAGGAACGGCCCUUGCGGCAGCCGCUGCGGAGGCUGGAGAUCUCCCCCGACAGCAGCCCUGAGAGGGUCCGCUACGUGCACAGCGAGCACCACUACAGCCAGAGGAGCCAGCUGGGCCUCCCUCGGCGGCCGCAGGACAGCCGGCGCUCCACACUGCUCACCACCCCCAGAUACGCCCGCUCGGAAAUCGCGGGCUUCACCCACGCAGGGGCUGUGAGCAGGCAGUGCCACUAUGACACCUACCACAGACACCAGCAGUAUGGGUCUGUCAGCGACAGCGUCUUUGACAAUGUCACUCCUGCGGUGUUCACCUACCCCAGGCCGGGGACCAGUCACAGCAUGGGCAACCUGCUGGAGAAAGAGAACUACCUGAGCACAGGGCCUGCCUCGGGGCAGGUGAGACCCCUGGUGCCCCUGCAGCCUGUCACUCAGAACAGGACUGGCAGGUCCUCCUGGCACCAGAGCUCCUUCCACAGCACCCGCACGCAGAGGGAAGCUGGGACCAGUGUCACUGUGGACGCUGGUGGCCGGAGGACGCACAUGACCGUGGGCCAGGUGGCUGCAGUGGGCAGUGGAAAUCUGCUCCGGGAGAGAAACGCUGUCACGGAUCUGCAGCUUGGGGCUAUGGACAUGGAGAUGACUCUGGAGCGAGCAGUGAGCAUGCUGGAUGCAGACCACACACCGCCGGCCAAGGUGGCAGCCGCAGCCACCUUCAUCCAGCACGAGAGCUUCCAGAAGGCCGAGGCCCGCAGGAGGGUUUAUCAGCUGCGUGGCCUCCCCAAGCUUCUGACGUUGCUCAAAGUUCAGAAUGAAGAUGUCCAGCGUGCUGCAUGUGGGGCCUUGAGAAACCUGGUGUUUGAAGAUAACGACAACAAGUUGGAGGUCGCUGAACUAAACGGGGUGCCCCGGCUACUGCAAGUGCUGAAGCAGACCCGAGACUUGGAGACUAAAAAGCAGAUCACAGGAUUGUUGUGGAAUUUGUCUUCUAACGACAAACUCAAGAAUCUCAUGAUAACUGAAGCCUUGCUCACCCUGACUGAAAACAUCAUCAUCCCCUUCUCGGGGUGGCCUGAAGGAGACUACCCCAAGGCAAAUGGUUUGCUUGAUUUUGAUAUAUUCUACAACGUCACUGGAUGCCUCAGAAAUAUGAGCUCAGCUGGCCCUGAAGGGAGGAAAGUGAUGAGAAGAUGUGAUGGACUCAUUGACUCACUGGUGCAUUACGUCAGGGGGACCAUUGCAGACUACCAGCCCGAUGACAAGGCCACAGAGAACUGUGUGUGUACUCUUCACAACCUCUCCUACCAGCUGGAGGCGGAGCUCCCAGAGAAAUAUUCCCAGAAUAUCUACAUCCAAAACAGGAAUAUCCAGACUGACAACAGCAAGAGUAUAGGGUGCUUUGGUAGUCGAAGCAGGAAAGUAAAAGAGCAAUAUCAAGAUGCGCCAAUGCCAGAGGAAAAGAGCAACCCCAAGGGCGUGGAGUGGCUGUGGCACUCCAUCGUGAUUAGGAUGUACUUGUCCUUGAUCGCCAAGAGCGUGCGGAACUACACGCAGGAAGCAUCCUUAGGAGCCCUGCAGAACCUCACAGCGGGGAGUGGCCCGAUGCCGACAUCUGUGGCCCAGACUGUGGUGCAGAAGGAGAGCGGCCUGCAGCACACCCGGAAGAUGCUGCACAUCGGGGACCCCAGUGUAAGGAAGACGGCCGUCUCCCUGCUGAGGAACUUGUCCCGGAAUCUCUCUCUGCAGAACGAAAUUGCCAAAGAAACCUUACCUGAUUUGGUUUCCAUAAUUCCUGACACAGUUCCAACGACUGACCUUCAGGUGGAGACAACAGCCUCGGCCUGUUACACAUUGAACAACAUAACCCAGAACAGCUACCAGCAUGCCCGAGACCUCCUGAGCACCGGGGGCCUCCACAAGAUUAUGGCCAUCAGUGCCGGGGACGCCUAUGCCCCCAGCAAAGCCACCAAAGCUGCAUCUGUGCUGCUAUAUUCCCUGUGGGGGCACACAGAGCUCCACAAUGCCUAUAAGAAGGCUCAGUUUAAGAAGACAGAUUUUGUCAACAGCCGGACUGCCAAAGCCUACCACUCACUUAAAGACUGAGGACAACUGGGCAGACUGUAAAAACUUCAGCCUCAUCAUCUCGGCCAUGCAAAAACCCUCAAGGAAAGCACCUAUUUUUCUACUGUCCAAACCAAGAAUCCCCCAGAAGAAAGCACGCACUGUUUUUAGCCUUUCCUGUUGCCAUGUUCCCAUGAUCCAGUAAACAAAUAAUCAGACCCGGGGUUUUAGUUGCAGAGGACUUUGUAAGUUUGCUGCCCGGAGCUACUGUGCUCUGCCCGCAGUGCUCCUCUUGGGGCUCGUACACCAGCGCGAUGUAUAAGGGAAGCUGUUGUGUCACUCAGGUUUUAAAAGUUUGAUUUACAUUUGUGUUCCUGGUUUCCACACACACUUCAGCACUGAGUCACCGGCAUGUUGUUCAGAUAUGCUGCAACCCAUCAAAAGUGUCAAGAAAGUCUCUGCAGCCCUCCUGAGGAAAGUGUCACAGAAAGUCAUCUGUAUGCUUCGUAUUCAUUUUUAUCCCCUUGGCUCCUUUCCCCUCUGGUUUUAAAUGAACUUGAAAAAUUGAUAUUACAGAAGUGUGCAUGACUGUGUGAAAAAGGAAUUGGGAGGAUGAGUUCACAGCAAGUUUAAACUGGGGUUCUGGAAUCCAGGCUUUGCCCUUGGCGAUGAGUACAUAACCUGUGCUCAAGGAAGUACCGCGGUGAGAUGCAAGCCUCAUCUGAGUAGUGGGCUUCGGUGUGCUGUGUGUCCUGGGCCUUUGCAGCUUGUGCCAUAGCUGAGGGAUGAGGUGGGCUCUGUUCUGGAGCCCAGGAGCACCCCGGUCUCUGGAUCAAGCUCAGUGAAUGAGCCACCACACAGCUUGGUGCACCCCACAUUUAGGAAGAAGGGGCCCACACAUCUCCUGUGGUCGUUCUUCCUUACACUGAUGUUGGAAGUCAAGACAGCUAGGAAGGGAUGAUGGAAAACUCACCUUGGGGAAGAGCUGGGGAAGGCACCACACAGCCCGCAAAUGAUGCUGCGAUGCUCAGCUGGGAAGGUAACAUCGCUGAUUAGAACCAUGUCAAAUGUUAUUCUAACAGGGCUUUGAUCCAAACCACCUAUGGGGAGUUAGUCUUCUCAACUCCGAUCCUGCUGUACAUUUGGCUUCUUUAAAGUUUGACAAUAUUUGGUAUAAGAAAGUAAGAGAAAGAAAACCAUCAGCUCCUUUGACCAGAAAAAUAUAAUAGAAAAUAAAUUCUCACUUUCAUUUUCAGUGUGUACUUAAGUCUUUGCGAUAAUUGGAACAUAAUAAUUGUUUUUCAGUUUUAAAAUUCAGUGAAGACAAGUUAUUGACCUAGGCCAAAAUGAAGGUAUUUUGUUAUAAUUUUUUACAUCUCCCCAAAAAAGAAUUUACAUCUUUUUUCUAGGUUUCUGACAAUAAGCAUUUAGAGUUUAUUUAUUUCUCCAGACAAAUGAUAUAUGCUCAGAAAUUUCUGUGUGUUUUAAGACAUUCGUAGAGCUUUCAGAUAUUAAACAUGGAACAAAAGUAA